AAUUUUCAUAAAUUAUUAGUUAAUGUUGAUUUGUAUAUAAUUGUUUGUUAUGUGCCAUAAAACAAUGGAGUUGGUCUCUUCAUGUGGCCAUGGACAACGAACAACCCCACCAGGAGCUGGUGAAGUGCGUGGUGGUGGGGGACACGGCGGUCGGCAAGACGCGGCUGAUAUGCGCGCGCGCGUGCAACAAGCACGUGUCGCUCUCGCAGCUCAUGACCACACACGUGCCAACCGUGUGGGCCAUCGACCAGUACCGGAUCUAUAAGGACGUACUCGAAAGAUCAUGGGAAAUUGUGGACGGUGUGAAUGUAUCGCUGCGCCUUUGGGACACCUUUGGAGACCACGAGAAAGACAGACGGUUCGCAUAUGGAAGGUCCGACGUGGUGCUUUUAUGUUUUUCUAUCACCAAUCCGAUAUCACUAAGGAACUGCGGGGCAAUGUGGUAUCCAGAAAUAAGGCGCUUCUGUCCAAACACACCGAUACUGCUCGUGGGAUGCAAGAACGAUCUCCGCUACAUGUACCGCGAUGAAACCUACUUGAACUUCUGCAAAGACCGCAGCCCUUUUAUUAGGGCGCCAAGGAAGAGUGACCUAGUAAUGCCCGACCAAGGACGAGCGUUGGCUCACGAGUUCGGCAUAUACUACUAUGAGACAUCAGUCUUCACUUACUACGGAGUGAACGAAGUGUUCGAGAAUGCUAUAAGAGCAGCGCUGAUCGCGAGAAGACAGCAGCGGUUCUGGAUGACCAAUCUGAAGAGAGUUCAGCGACCUUUGCUGCAGGCCCCAUUCCGACCACCGAGACCGAUGGAACCAGAAGUGGCGGUGGUGAACAGUGUCUACUUAGAGAACAUGACAACGCUGCUACGUCAACAAUAUUUCUCGGACAUGGUGAUCAUAUGCGGAGCCAAGGGCUUCCCAGUGCACCGUUUUAUGAUGGCGGCGGCCUGUGAGGCGUUCCACCGACUGUUGACCACAGACUGCGUUAGUCUGUCCGCUGAGCUGGCCAGGAGUUCGAGUGAGAGCAGCAUGGUCAGCAGUAUGGGUGAAGCAACGACGGGUGACUUCAACGAAGAUACUGAAUACCUCAUCAGACAGGAUCAAGCGAAACAAAUGAGAGUGUGGGACCAGAUCAAGCGCCGGUCGUCGUGUCAGAUCCUGCCGCUAAGCGACAGCUGUAAGAAGCCGCCGGACCUUUACAGGGAGGUCAACCACCCUGCUAUCAUCUCUAUUAGAGUUGUCAAGUGUGAAAAAAUCCAGCACGCCACAUCGCAAACGCAGACAAUAGUGACUAUGAGCAAGCUCAUCUCACAGGCUGUGAUGCAGGAAAUCAUCAACUUCGUCUACACCGGCCAGCUGGACAGCGCGGCCUUCAAACAACAGUCCGCUGCUAUCGGAUUACUACUGGAGAUCCGGCAAGCGGCGGAACUGCUCGGCUUCCACGAGCUCACGAAGCUCAGCCAGUUCAUCCUGGACCAGCACCUGCUCUUCGAUAAAGGGUUCAUGCUACAGUUUCAUACUCCCCUCCCCCAAAGACUUCGCGAUAUGUACGUGGAAAGGAACCUGUUUGCUGACGUGACUUUCGACCUGGAUGACGGGAUACACCUGGCCCACCGUGCCAUACUGAUGGCCCGCUGCGAUCCUAUGAAGGCCAUGUUCCAAGGGCACUUCAGGGAAAGCACUUCUAGAGUGAUUUCCUUCCCCGGGGUAAAAAUGUACGCGUUCCACAUUCUCUUAUGCUACAUAUACUCUGACAAGAUACCCAAGGUGGAGCCUACAAGGUGUCUGGAAUUACUGGAGCUGGCUAACAGACUCUGUAUGAACAGACUCGUCAACUUGGUGGAGGCCAGGGUCAUUGACACGCUGCAGCAUCAGGACAGGGUUUGUGGCGAUGAUGACCAAGUGGUGGAAAUCGCACUGUCUUUGCUGGAACCUGUAAAGCUCCACAACGCACACAACUUGGCCGAAUGGUGUACUUGGCGGUUGUGCGGCGCUUACGACCGAGUUUGCCGCGCGCGACAUUUAAGCCAAGCCUCGCGCGACUACUUGGCCGAUAACCGCUGGCCUCCUGUGUGGUAUGUGAAAGAAUACGACUACUACCAGAAGUGCGUGAACGAACAAACCAAGGAACAGAAGGAGCUUCGCCCCACCACCUCGGUCCAGGCAGCGCAGCAGACUGGCUGUCUGUGCUUCACCAGUAAAGUCCGUCGCUCCAGCGAGGCGGCUCCCGACGUGUCGACGGCGCUGUGUCGCACAGACGAGGGGCCGCAGCCGGCGCCCCAACUCGCAUGCCCCGUAGCAAGUCCCCGCUCCAGCGAGGCGGCCCCGGACGCUUCAACGGCGCUGUGUCGCUUCGACGAGGCGCCCCAAGCGGCCUCUGACACUUGCCUUACUGGAGCAAGUCCCCGCUCCAGCGAGGCGGCCCCGGACGCUUCAACGGCGCUGUGUCGCUUCGACGAGGCGCCCCAAGCGGCCUCUGACACUUGCCUUACUGGAGCAAGUCCCCGCUCCAGCGAGGCGGCCCCGGACGCUUCAACGGCGCUGUGUCGCUUCGACGAGGCGCCCCAAGCGGCCUCUGACACUUGCCUUACUGGAGCAAGUCCCCGCUCCAGCGAGGCGGCCCCGGACGCUUCAACGGCGCUGUGUCGCUUCGACGAGGCGCCCCAAGCGGCCUCUGACACUUGCCUUACUGGAGCAAGUCCCCGCUCCAGCGAGGCGGCCCCGGACGCUUCAACGGCGCUGUGUCGCUUCGACGAGGCGCCCCAAGCGGCCUCUGACACUUGCCUUACUGGAGCAAGUCCCCGCUCCAGCGAGGCGGCCCCGGACGCUUCAACGGCGCUGUGUCGCUUCGACGAGGCGCCCCAAGGGAUUGAUGGUGAAAACGGGCAUUAG